CGUCGCAGCGGCGCGGAGGAUGGGGAUGUCUUCCACUCGGCUGAGCAGCCGUUGGGCAGGCCUGGUCCCGGGCCCGUGACCCAGCGGUGGAGGGGCGUCGCGUCGGGACCCAGGCGGCGCUGAAGGAUUUGCUCCGAGGGCGGCGCCAUGCCGUGCACCUGCGGGAACUGGCGGCGCUGGAUCCGGCCGCUGGUGGCCACCAUCUACGUGGUGGGCUUGCUGGUGGCCGUGCCGCUCUGCGUGUGGGAGCUGCAGAAGCUGGAGGUUGGAAUCCAAACCAAAGCGUGGUUCAUUGCUGGAAUCUUUUUACUGAUGACUAUACCAAUAUCUCUUUGGGGGAUAUUGCAACAUUUGGUUCAUUAUACUCAACCUGAAUUACAAAAACCAAUUAUAAGGAUUCUAUGGAUGGUGCCAAUUUACAGUCUAGACAGUUGGAUAGCAUUGAAAUAUCCGAAAAUUGCGAUUUAUGUGGAUACUUGUAGAGAAUGCUAUGAAGCCUAUGUCAUCUAUAACUUCAUGGUAUUUCUUUCGAAUUAUCUGACCAAUCGAUAUCCAAAUCUGGUAUUAAUCAUCGAAGCGAAAGAUCAGCAAAAACAUUUACCGCCAUUGUGCUGCUGUCCACCUUGGCCUAUGGGAGAGGCAUUGUUGUUCAGAUGCAAGCUGGGAGUUUUGCAGUAUACUGUUGUCAGACCAUUCACCACUAUUAUUGCUUUAAUCUGUGAACUGGUUGGAGUAUACGAUGAAGGGAAUUUUAGCUUCAAAAAUGCUUGGACGUACUUAGUCAUAUUCAACAAUAUGUCUCAGCUUUUUGCAAUGUAUUGCCUUAUAUUGUUUUAUAAAGUACUGCGGGAAGAACUGAACCCAAUCAAACCUGUGGGCAAGUUUCUAUGUGUCAAGAUGGUGGUUUUUGUUUCUUUUUGGCAAGCUGUACUUAUUGCAUUGUUGGUGAAAGUUGGUGUUAUCUCUCAGCAUAACACAUGGGAAUGGAACAGUGUCGAAGAAGUGGCAACUGGCUUACAAGACUUUAUCAUCUGUGUGGAGAUGUUCUUCGCUGCUAUUGCCCAUCACUACAGUUUUUCCUACAAGCCUUAUGUGCAAGAAGCUGAAGAAGGCUCUUGCUUUGAUUCCUUUCUUGCAAUGUGGGAUAUCUCUGAUAUCAGGGCAGAUGUAUCUGAACAGGUUCGCAAUGUUGGAAGGACAGUAUUUGGUCAACCAAGGAAAAUGUUUUUUGGUGAAGAUCAUGAACAGAAUGAACAUACAAGUUUACUGUCUCCAUCUAGUCAAGAUCCAAUUUCUGCUUCCUCUUCCAUACCAUCAUCUCCUAUGGGUCACUAUCAAGGGUUUGGGCACACUGUGACUCCAACAAUGUCUACUGAAUCAACAUCUGAUGGACUCUGUAACUGUGUGGAAGAGAGAGAAGAUUCUCAUGUUCCAACAGAAAAGAUUGUGGAUUAAAUGUUCCAACUGUUCUUAUCUGAAAUUCAUUACAGGAUUUGCCUAAACAUCGGAUUCCCCGAUACUUCCAGAGACAUGUCAAGCUGUGACAAACAGCACAUAAGACAAACAGCUCAAUUAGCCCAUUUGGUUGGAAUUCCAGUUCAGUGCUAAUUCUUUGGAUGAUAUAUAUGGAAUGGAGUCUCUCACUAUGCUGAGGUGAAGUGUACAUACCAAACUCAGUUUUAAGACUUCAGUACUAUGAUAUGGCAUAGUAGUAAGUCAUUGCUGAAUUAAACUGGCAAAAUAAUUUAUGGAACAUAUUUGGAGACUUUGAGCUCAGGUUUGUAAUGAAAUUCAGUUACUAGAAAAGGUAAGCUAAAAUGAAAACUCAGAGAUAAGAUACAAGACCUAAGAUUUUCUCAAUUCCUUCAAACCAAUAACUCUUUCAGACUUGUAUUUGCUUCAUUCCAGAAUAUUGUUUCGAAUGUAUCAAGACUUCGUACAGAACUGUUGGGAGUUGGUACUCCUGACUUGAGAUCAUCAUCAUCAACACCAGCAUGCCUGUUGUACAGUCCACCUAAGCAGAAGCGCUUAAAUUUAAACCGCAUAAGUCCUGACAGCUUGCCAGUACGGUAACAAAACUGCUUCAGCUAUCAGUUCAAUUGACUCUGCGUUGGGAGUUGCACCAGAGGGAGUGAAUUAAAAGACAUCCUAAUUAGUGUUACAAAAUUGAAUUAUUUAACAUAUGGGGGACAACAGUCUUUUGUUUCUGUUGCCAUCUCACUUCAUGUAGAGUAUUUCCCCUUUGUUUUGUCAAAUAACAUGUAUUCUGUUGAUGCCGUCUGAAUGCCUCUUAAUCUUGAAUUCUGAGUCAAAAUUUUUGGAAGGAAAAUAAACUAAGUGAAAUCAAGUUAAGUAUCACUAAAGAUGUUAAGGAAUGUAACAAAUUAGUAUUUAAAGUACUUUUACUGCACAUCUGGCUACAUGAAGAUGAUUUUUUAUUGACGCUUACAUUCGUACUUGCAUUGCAUAAUUACUGUCUUUCAAAUAGAAAACUGGAAGCAGGUUUGCAACUUUAAAUGGCAUCUUCAGAGGAAGGUUUUUACCUGAUUUAUGGUUGCUGCAAUGAAAUCUUACAAGUGCUUUUGUGGUACUAAUGAGUCUUGUAAUUUCUUGGCCUUAUUCACUAGGCUGCAUAUUUAAUGGCUAAAUUUGAUUCAUCAUUAAACGAAACUGGGAAAACAGGAAAUCAUACUAAUACUUAUUCAUUGCCUCUAUUGUAUAUAAGCAAAUAAAUUUUUAUUUUAAACAUG